AUACACGAGCACCUCGCAAACAAUCCAACAAGCAAUCUCUGCCUGCUCUCGCCGGAAAGUCAGCUAAGAUGGCCGCAGCUGCAUCCCACGACGUUGACUUGGGAGACCUCGUGAGCUUCGGCCGCACGCUCCUCCACCAUGGACUAGUCAUCGCCGAUGCCGACCACGACUCUGCGGACGUCGACACCUUCAAGCUCCUCCUCGCCGAUAACACCGUCGUGUACAAGAACGCCGGUGACCUCAGGGUGGUUGACAGGAGCCACCUGCGCCCCGGCCAGGUGGUCGGCUCGGCGUCCGACGAUGACGGCCAGCUCGGCGUCGUCACCGGCAUCACCACUGUGCUGGACCUUGCCAAGCACGACGCGGUGACACAUGUCAUCACGGGCGUGUCCCCGUCUACCCUCCGCCGUGUAAGGAGAUUCAACCUCGGCGACUUCGUCGUGUCGGGGCCGUGGCUCGGCCAGGUCGUCGAGGUGUCCAUCGACGUGGAUGUGUUGUUCGAUGAUGGAGCGGUCUGUAGGGUCAGCAACGCAGACUCCAAGAAGCUACAACUAGUGGACGACACCGGUGCCGGCAGCAACACCAUGUAUCGCCAUCAAAUGAACUCUCUCUUCAACCCCGGGGAGCACGUCACUGCACCAGACCCGUGCUCCGCCUUCAAGGCGGCCCGCUGGCUUAAUGGCUCCUCGAAUCCUGACCAUCAUAUAGGCACUGUCAGCAAGGUGGAGACGUCCGGCGUCCUUGUCUACUGGAUUGCAUCUAUGCAUCAUGGCACGGACAAGGGGCUCGUCGAGGCAUCUGCCCCUUCCGCCUACCAGAACCCGGACGAUCUUACUUUCUUCUGCGCCGCGUCCAAUUGUAGGUGGGGGGUAGCUGACCGCUGCUUUUUCCGCAAGGACAAUGCAACCGAUGAUGAAUGUGAAGCACCAACUGCUCGAGCAAAGGUGGAGAUUCCCAUGGUCAUCACCAACACCCGUACCUCCGUGGACGUGCUGUGGCAGGACGGCACACGGCAACAUGGCAUAAGUUCAACGACUGUCAUCCCCUUUCAGGUAGUGGAUGAAGACUUAUUCCCAGGGGAUCACGUCGUCGGUGUUCUUCCUAUUGAUGCUAGUGUGAACAAUUACGUUUUUGCUGAUGGAACUGAAUUCGAAAGGCCCGUGGGCGUCAUCAGGAGCCUGCACUACGGAGACCGGACGGCUUGUGUGUCAUGGUUCAACGAGGCUAGGGAGGUCGAGUGCGACGAUACUGUGACUAUGUACGCGCUCAAAAAAGACUCUUCUUACCUAUCUGCUGACUAUGGAGAUAUUGUCAUUCGCCUUCUGCCGUCAGGAUCAACCAGCGGUGAAAUCGCGCCGUUGCCACAAGGCAACAAGAAAAAGAGUACCGUUGCCGCAGAUAUUUCAUGGGUGGGGCAUGUUGUUGACCUUCUCAAUGAUGGACAUGUCCAAGUCAAGUGGGGCGAUGGUAGCAUGUCAAUGGUAUUGCCCCAUGAGAUUGUUGUCGUCGAGGAGGAACACUAUUCAGAUCUGUUGGAUGAAAUGGACAACUGGGUAGUGGUCGACAACAUCGUUGAUGCACCUGAAGAACUGGCUAUGGCUAACACGGACCAUGAUCUAGGGAAUCCAACAGAUGAUAGUGGUGUCGAAGGUGACAACCUGGCAAUGAAGAGGACAAGCCUUUUGGGUCUUGCAACCCAGUCUUUGCUCCAAAUGACCGACGGCGUGGUGGCUCGGUGUAAGGGAUACAUGCCAUUGUCGUCAUCAACAAGCUCGGAGUUACCUGUGCCCACAUACGAUGAACGCACUAGUGGUGAUACAUCGGAGACCAUCGAUGCUGCCAUGACAAGGAACAUUGUGGAUGUGAACGGCCACGAUUUGGCCGAGGAGGGGACGAAGGCUGACAACUAGCCCUCUGGAUCAUGAUUAGCUUGACACCACAGACUAAAUAAUUACAGUUUUGUUAGAAAAUGAUGAAGAAUCAAAUUUUGUGAUUUUAGGCAGAUAUAAGGUGGUGGAGAUUGAAACUAGCCCCUCAAGUUAUAAAGGUUGAUUUAAUA